AUGGGCGCCCCUGGGUGCCGCACCACCCACACCCGCACCACCCACACCCACAUUCUCCCGCUCUCCAUCACCCCGCCCCAUUCUCCCGCUUUCCAUCACCCCGCCCCAUUCUCCCGCUUUCCAUCACCCCGCCACAUUCUCCCGCUUUCCAUCACCCCGCCCCAUUCUCCCGCUUUAAAUCACCCCGCCCCAUUCUCCCGCUUUCCAUCACCCACCCCAUUCUCCCUCCUUCCAUCACCCCACCCCAUUCUCCCGCUUUCCAUCACCCCGCCCCAUUAUCCCACUUUCCAUCACCCCGCCCCAUUCUCCCGCUUUCCAUCACCCCGCUCCAUUCUCCCGCUUUCCAUCACCCCGCCCCAUUCUCCCUCCUUCCAUCACCCCGCUCCAUUCUUCCUCCUUCCAUCGACCCGCCCCAUUCUCCCGCUUUCCAUCACCCCGCCCCAUUCUCCCUCCUUCCAUCACCCCGUCCCAUUCUCCCGCUUUCCUUCACCCCGCCCCAUUCUCCCUCCUUCCAUCACCCCACCCCAUUCUCCCGCUUUCCAUCACCCCGCCCCAUUCUCCCGCUUUCCAUCACCCCGCCCCAUUCUCCCGCUUUCCAUCACCCCGCCCUAUUCUCCCGCUUUCCAUCACCCCGCCCCAUUCUCCCGCUUUCCAUCAACCCGCUCCAUUCUCCCGCUUUCCAUCACCCCGCCCCAUUCUCCCUCCUUCCAUCACCCCGCCCCAUUCUCCCGCUUUCCAUCACCCCGCCCCAUUCUCCCGCUUUCCAUCACCCCGCCCCAUUCUCCCGCUUUCCAUCACCCCGCCCCAUUCUCCCGCUUUCCAUCACCCCGCCCCAUUCUCCCGCUUUCCAUCACCCCGCCCCAUUCUCCCGCUUUCCAUCACCCCGCCCCAUUCUCCCGCUUUCCAUCACCCCGCCCCAUUCUCCCACUUUCCAUGACCCCGCCCCAUUCUCACGCUUUCCAUCACCCCGCCCCAUUCUCCCGCUUUCCAUCACCCCGCCUCAUUCUCCCGCUUUCCAUCACCCCGCCCCAUUCUCCCGCUUUCCAUCGCCCCACCCCAUUCUCCCGCUUUCCAUCACCCCGCCCCAUUCUCCCGCUUUCCAUCAUCCCGCCCUAUUCUCCCGCUUUCCAUCACCUCGCCCCAUUCUCCUGCUUUGCAUCACCCCGCCCCAUUCUCCCGCUUUCCAUCACCCCGCCCCAUUCUCCCGCUUUCCAUCACCCCGCGCCAUUCUCCCGCUUUCCAUCACCCCGCCCCAUUCUCCCUCCUUCCAUCACCCCGCCCCAUUCUCCCGCUUUCCAUCACCACGCCCCAUUCUCCCGCUUUCCAUCACCCCGCCCCAUUCUCCCGCUUUCCAUCACCCCGCCCCAUUCUCCCGCUUUCCAUCACCCCGCCCCAUUCUCCCGCUUUCCAUCACCCCGCCCCAUUCUCCCGCUUUCGAUCACCCCGCCCCAUUCUCCCGCUUUCCAUCACCCCGCCCCAUUCUCCCGCUUUCCAUCACCCCGCCCCAUUCUCCCGCUUUCCAUCACCCCGCUCCAUUCUCCCGCUUUCCAUCACCCCGCCCCAUUCUCCCGCUUUCCAUCACUCCGCCCCAUUCUCCUGCUUUCCAUCACCCCUCUCCAUUCUCCCGCUUUCCAUCACCCCGCCCCAUUCUCCCUCCUUCCAUCACCCCGCCCCAUUCUCCCUCCUUCCAUCACCCCGCCCCAUUCUCCCGCUUUCCAUCACCCCGCCCCAUUCUCCCGCUUUCCAUCGCCCCGCCCCAUUCUCCCGCUUUCCAUCGCCCCGCCCCAUUCUCCCGCUUUCCAUCGCCCCGCCCCAUUCUCCCUCCUUCCAUCGCCCCGCCCCAUUCUCCCUCCUUCCAUCGCCCCGCCCCAUUCUCCCUCCUUCCAUCGCCCCGCCCCAUUCUCCCUCCUUCCAUCGCCCCGCCCCAUUCUCCCGCUUUCCAUCGCCCCGCCCCAUUCUCCCGCUUUCCAUCACCCCGCCCCAUUCUCCCGCUUUCCAUCACCCCGCCCCAUUCUCCCGCUUUCCAUCACCCAGCCCCAUUCUCCCGCUUUCCAUCACCCCGCCCCAUUCUCCUGCUUUCCAUUACCCCGCCCCAUUCUCACGCUUUCCAUCACACCGCCCCAUUCUCCCGCUUUCCAUCACCCCGCCCCAUUCUCCCGCUUUCCAUCACCCCGCCCCAUUCUCCCGCUUUCCAUCACCCCGCCCCAUUCUCCCGCUUUCCAUCACCCCACCCCAUUCUCCCGCUUUCCAUCACCCCGCCCUAUUCUCCCGCUUUCCAUCACCUCGCCCCAUUCUCCGGAUUUGCAUCACCCCGCCCCGUUCUCCCGCUUUCCAUCACCCCGCCCCCCCGCUCCUUUCUCCCGCUUUCCAUCACCCCGCCUCAUUCUCCCGCUUUCCAUCACCCCGCCCCAUUCUCCCGCUUUAAAUCACCCCGCCCCAUUCUCCCGCUUUCCAUCACCCGCCCCAUUCUCCCUCCUUCCAUCACCCCGCCCCAUUCUCCCUCCUUCCAUCACCCCGCCCCAUUCUCCUGCUUUCCAUCACCCCGCCCCAUUCUCCCGCUUUCCAUCACCCCGCCCCAUUAUCCCGCUUUCCAUCACCCCGCCCCAUUCUCCCGCUUUCCAUCACCCCGCUCCAUUCUCCAGCUUUCCAUCACCCCGCCCCAUUCUCCCUCCUUCCAUCACCCCGCUCCAUUCUUCCUCCUUCCAUCGGCCCGCCCCAUUCUCCCGCUUUCCAUCACCCCGCCCCAUUCUCCCUCCUUCCAUCACCCCGCUCCAUUCUUCCUCCUUCCAUCGACCCGCCCCAUUCUCCCGCUUUCCAUCACCCCGCCCCAUUCUCCCUCCUUCCAUCACCCCGUCCCAUUCUCCCGCUUUCCUUCACCCCGCCCCAUUCUCCCGCUUUCCAUCACCCUGCCCCAUUCUCCCUCCUUCCAUCACCCCGCCCCAUUCUCCCGCUUUCCAUCACCCCGCCCCAUUCUCCCGCUUUCCAUCACCCCGCCCCAUUCUCCCACUUUCCAUCACCCCGCCCCAUUCUCCCGCUUUCCAUCACCCCGCCCCAUUCUCCCGCUUUCCAUCACCCCGCUCCUUUCUCCCGCUUUCCAUCACCCCGCCCCAUUCUCCCUCCUUCCAUCACCCCGCCCCAUUCUCCCGCUUUCCAUCACCCCGCCCCAUUCUCCCGCUUUCCAUCACCCCGCCCCAUUCUCCCGCUUUCCAUCACCCCGCCCCAUUCUCCCGCUUUCCGUCACCCCGCCCCAUUCUCCCGCUUUCCGUCACCCCGCCCCAUUCUCCCGCUUUCCAUCACCCCGCCCCAUUCUCCCGCUUUCCAUCACCCCGCCCCAUUCUCCCGCUUUCCAUCACCCCGCUCCAUUCUCCCACUUUCCAUCACCCCGCCCCAUUCUCACGCUUUCCAUCACCCCGCCCCAUUCUCCCGCUUUCCAUCACCCCGCCCCAUUCUCCCGCUUUCCAUCGCCCCGCCUCAUUCUCCCGCUUUCCAUCACCCCGCCCCAUUCUCCCGCUUUCCAUCGCCCUACUCCAUUCUCCCGCUUUCCAUCACCCCGCCCCAUUCUCCCGCUUUCCAUCACCCCGCCCCAUUCUCCCGCUUUCCAUCACCUCGCCCCAUUCUCCCACUUUGCAUCACCCCGCCCCAUUCUCCCGCUUUCCAUCACCCCGCCCCAUUCUCCCUCCUUCCAUCACCCCGCCCCAUUCUCCCGCUUUCCAUCACCACGCCCCAUUCUCCCGCUUUCCAUCACCCCGCCCCAUUCUCCCGCUUUCCAUCACCCCGCCCCAUUCUCCCGCUUUCCAUCACCCCGCCCCAUUCUCCCGCUUUCCAUCACCCCGCCCCAUUCUCCCCCUUUCCAUCACCCCACCCCAUUCUCCCGCUUUCCAUCACCCCGCUCCAUUCUCCCGCUUUCCAUCACCCCGCCCCAUUCUCCCGCUUUCCAUCACCCCGCCCCAUUCUUCUGCUUUCCAUCACCCCUCUCCAUUCUCCCGCUUUCCAUCACCCCGCCCCAUUCUCCCUCCUUCCAUCACCCCGCCCCAUUCUCCCGCUUUCCAUCACCCCGCCCUAUUCUCCCGCUUUCCAUCACCCCGCCCCGUUCUCCCUCUUUCCAUCACCCCGCCCCAUUCUCCCGCUUUCCAUCACCUCGCCCCAUUCUCCCGCUUUCCAUCACCCCGCCCCAUUCUCCCGCUUUCCAUCGCCCCGCCCCAUUCUCCCUCCUUCCAUCACCCCGCCCCAUUCUCCCGCUUUCCAUCGCCCUGCCCCAUUCUCCCGCUUUCCAUCGCCCUGCCCCAUUCUCCCGCUUUCCAUCACCCCGCCCCAUUCUCCCGCUUUCCAUCACCCCGCCCCAUUCUCCCGCAUUCCAUCACCCCGCCCCAUUCUCCCGCUUUCCAUCACCCAGCCCCGUUCUCCCGCUUUCCAUCACCCCGCCCCGUUCUCCUGCUUUCCAUUACCCCGCCCCAUUCUCACGCUUUCCAUCACACCGCCCCAUUCUCCCGCUUUCCAUCACCCCGCCCCAUUCUCCCGCUUUCCAUCACCCCGCCCCAUUCUCCCGCUUUCCAUCACCCCGCCCCAUCCUCCCGCUUUCCAUCACCCCACCCCAUUCUCCCGCUUUCCAUCACCCCGCCCUAUUCUCCCGCUUUCCAUCACCUCGCCCCAUUCUCCGAAUUUGCAUCACCCCGCCCCGUUCUCCCGCUUUCCAUCACCCCGCCCCGUUCUCCCACCUCCCAUCGACCCGCCCCGUUCUCCCGCUUUCCAUCACCCCGCCCCAUUCUCCCGCUUUCCAUCACCCCGCCCCAUUCUCCCGCUUUCCAUCACCCCGCCCCAUUCUCCCGCUUUCCAUCACCCUGCCCCAUUCUCCCACUUUCCAUCACCCCGCCCCAUUCUCCCUCUUUCCAUCACCCCGCCCCAUUCUCCCUCUUUCCAUCACCCCGCCCCAUUCUCCCGCUUUCCAUCACCCCGCCCCAUUCUCCCGCUUUCCAUCACCCCGCCCCAUUCUCCCGCUUUCCAUCACCCCGCCCCAUUCUCCCGGUUUCCAUCACCCCGCCCCAUUCUCCCGCUUUCCAUCACCCCGCCCCAUUCUUUCGCUUUCCAUCACCCCGCCCCAUUCUCCCUCUUUCCAUCACCCCGCCCCAUUCUCCCGCUUUCCAUCACCCCGGCCCAUUCUCCCGCUUUCCAUCACCCCGCCCCAUUCUCCCGCUUUCCAUCACCCCGCCCCAUUCUCCCUCUUUCCAUCACUCCGCCCCAUUCUCCCGCUUUCCAUCACCCCGCCCCAUUCUCCCUAUUUCCAUCACCCCGCCCCAUUCUCCCGCUUUCCAUCACCCCGCCCUAUUCUCCCGCUUUCCAUCACCCCGCCCCGUUCUCCCUCUUUCCAUCACCCCGCCCCAUUCUCCCGCUUUCCAUCACCCCGCCCCAUUCUCCCGCUUUCCAUCACCCCGCCCCAUUCUCCCGCUUUCCAUCACCCCGCCCCAUUCUCCCUCUUUCCAUCACCCCGCCCCAUUCUCCCGCUUUCCAUCACCCCGCCCCAUUCUCCCUCUUUCCAUCACCCCGCCCCAUUCUCCCGCUUUCCAUCACCCCGCCCCAUUCUCCCUCUUUCCAUCACCCCGCCCCAUUCUCCCGCUUUCCAUCACCCCGCCCCAUUCUCCCGCUUUCCAUCACCCCGCCCCAUUCUCCCUCUUUCCAUCACCCCGCCCCAUUCUCCUGCUUUCCAUCACCCCGCCCCAUUCUCCUGCUUUCCAUCACCCCGCCCCAUUCUCCCCCUUUCCAUCACCCCGCCCCAUUCUCCCUCUUUCCAUCACUCCGCCCCAUUCUCCCGCUUUCCAUCACCCCGCCCCAUUCUCCCUCUUUCCAUCACCCCGCCCCAUUCUCCCGCUUUCCAUCACCCCGCCCCAUUCUCCCGCUUUCAAUCACCCAGGCCCAUUCUCCCUCUUUCCAUCACCCCGCCCCAUUCUCCCGCUUUCCAUCACCCCGCCCCAUUCUCCCGCUUUCCAUCACCCCGCCCCAUUCUCCCGCUUUCUAUAUGCAGCAACAUUCGAGUCGUUUGAUGUUUUUCCCUACGCCAACGCCUAUAGGGAUCAAUGCGCUUCCUUAGCGUUCAUGGGCACGCACGGCUGUCAUCGCGGGCGCCGAACUUUUCUGUGCAUGCGAACCAAGCUGAAGUUGCUCUGGUAUGUGUAUUUGAACCUUGGCCACCCGAAUAUGCAGCAGGGUCGUUCGAUGUUUUUUCCUACGCCAACGCCUAUAGGGAUCCAUGUGCUUUCUUAG